CCCUCCGACCCGUCCGCCCAGGAGCGCCAUUCGCACACCUGCUGUCCGUGGCUCUGCUGCCUGCGCUGCGCGCGCGAUCGACCCGAAAUGGGGAACCUGGUGUCGGGUGCCGCGGCGGCGAGCGGCGGCGGGAAGGUGGUGAUGGCGGACGGGAGCGUGCGGGCGCUCAGCGAGCCGGUGUCCGUGGCGGAGCUCAUGAUGGACCACCCGCGCCACUUCGUCGUCGACGCGCGCGUGCUCAAGGAGCUGGGCCGCCGCCGGGAGCACCACCACCACAAGCAGCAGCAGCAGCAGGGCGGCGGGGCCAAGGUCGCGCCGCUGCCGGCGGACCACGUGCUGGGCGCCGGCGGGGUGUACGUCCUGCUGCCGGCCACGCGGGGCAAGGUGUCGGCCGACGAGGCGCGGCGCGCGCUGUCGGCGGCGAGGUCCCUGGCUCGGUCCAGGUCGAUGCCCGGCCUCAGGCGGAAGCUGUCGUCGUCGUCGUCGUCCCAGAAGGGCCGCCGGGCGGAGGCCGCUGAUGACGCCGAAGAGCCGGCGCAGCGAGGGGCGACGGCGGAGUCCCCUGAGCCGGACGAGGACGAGGCGGAGGCGCAGGCGGCGAGGCCGGCGGACGGGUUCGAGGAGCACCGGCCGGAGUUCCUGAGCCGGGAGCUGUCCAGCAGGGGGUGGAAGCCCAGCCUGCGGACCAUCGAGGAGCGCGUCCUGCCCAAGAAGACGCCCCAUUGGCUCUCCCUCUUCUGACAAGCAAGCUCCCUUCCCUCCUCUGAUCCAUGAGCCGAUGCGAUCGGCCAGUAGGUGUUCUCAUCAGCUCCUCUGAACUCUGAUGAUCCAUCUGAUCCUCUUCGUUUUCUCUCUUCUUUUCGUUUCAUUUCCUUUCUCUGUCCCAAUGAAUGCCUGUUGUGAUCAUGUACCCUGUCAAAACGCAUGUACGAUGGCAUGAUGCGACCUCCAUGUGAUAUAAGCUGAAAUAGCGCAACCGAAAUUUGCCGUGUAAUUAUUCUACUUUAAAUACUGUAGGAUUAGAACAGAUAUUUGAUAUUAGACCGUUUCGUCAUAUAAGUAUAUGUAUAAAGUGGAAAGGCCUCCAAAUGAGUUUUCAUGUUGCAGCUGA